CCUGCAGUGUCAGCGACCGCGCAUUUACGAAGAACUCAACCUUUGCAACCUAGCAACGACGACCGGCAGGCCGAACCCCCGACAUACACUUCACGUUUACAUUUUUCGAACGCCCAACAACACAAACAGAAUGCGCGGCAUUAGACAAGCGACCGUCGCGGCGCUGGCUGCUGCCCCUGUCGCUCUGGGCCACACCUGGAUCGAGCAGCUUCGCAAUAUCAACGAUCAGGGCGAAUACGUUGGCGAAUAUGGAUAUCCUCGCGGAAUGGUCUCAAAGACGGAUCCAGGCUUCAAUGGAUUCUCUAUGAACUGGGAACUCCCAGGCCCCAACGCAAAAGGCCGGGUCUUUAUCGACGAAAGCACUCCCCUCUGCCACACAAGCCAACGCAAACAAGAGCAGUCCAAGGACAAAUACCCUCGCCUACAAGCCGCACCCGGCGGCUCCAUUGCGAUGCGCUACAUGGAGAAUGGGCACGUCACUCUACCAAACAAUCAAAAGGGUAAGCCCAAAAACGGCGGUACCAUCUUCGUGUACGGCACCACUGAACCAAAGGGAGAUGAGACUCUCGUUACGGUUCUCAAAUGGACUCAGGAUGGGCAGGGCGGAGACAAGCGCGGCAAACUGCUCGCCACGAACGAUUUCGACGAUGGCCGUUGUUACGAAAAGAACGACACGCCUAUCUCCCAAGAGCGUACCAAGUCCGAUCCGAAUUUCGCAAUGGGCCAAGCCGUUGAGGGAACGCCAGGCAAUUACCCGCUCUUCUGCGAAACCAACGUUCAGCUUCCCAAGACGGCCCAAAAGGGCAAGCCUUAUACAUUCUACUGGGUCUGGCAAUGGAAUACAGCCCCUGGCGGCGCCGACCCUGGACUGCCUAAUGGCAAGGACGAGUAUUACACCACCUGCAUCGAUGUCGACGUUGCAUCUGCGGAUGUCGCGAUGGCUGCAGAUGCGAAACAAAAGUAUGCUCUUGGUCCUCAGCAGGAUGCCAUGUCCGUUGCUGUAUCUGACUGGGCAUCCCGCACUGCCAUCAUGACGGAUGCAAUCAAGGGCGAGGUCGGCCCCAUCUUCUCGGCCAAGCCCACUGGUACUCCCUCUGCUACUGGCAGACCUCCUUUCCUCAACUCGACCAUGCCAGCUCCCACUGCGAUCCCUACUCUCACCAAACGUCCCAGCAUCUCACCCACACUGCUGCCUGGCAACGACAACAUGGUCACGGUUACGGACACGGUCUUCGUCACCGUCACCGAGCCAGCGGCUACACAGUCACCGCCGUCCGCUUUCACGUCUCGCGCAGCUCAUAGCAUACGUCACAAGAACGGCGUCAAGUUUCGCGGCCAUAAGCACAAGUGAAUCAGGACCAGGAGCUUGAAUGACCAACGAUGCCCGUAUACGAUGAUGGACGAUUGGGAUUUCAUGUGCAUAGCGUGGUGGGACAUUUGUUCUUUGGGAUUGGGACUGGAAAACUGGAAAUUGGGAGAUACCCCUGCAUACAU